AUGCCUCCUGCUUCUUUGCGCAAAGCUCCUCCUUCUGCCCCAAGCGACAGCGAUGAUGGCGAAUCCGACCCCAAAGAGAGCAAGGAUCAACACCAAAUAGACCCGGAACGCAUUCAAGCCCUUAAUAAAGCCCUUGACAGUCAAGGGAAAACAAAGCAAUCAGCGCAUGUCGCUUCCUUUUGUCUUUAUUCUCAAGGCUCACUUAAUUUUAGGGCAAUUCUCAAACCGUACACGUCUUUUGCUCGCUGGCAUACCCGGAGCAAAAAUCUCUACGAAAACUGGUACGAGGUUCUGGACCGCGGUAUUUCAUACUACAUAGAUUCAUUUGGGGAUACCGAUAUAAAAAACUUUGAAAAUCAAUACAGAAAUGAGCUCAUUGUUUUUGCUGACAUGAUCGCUGGUAUCAAAUGUUUUGAAUCAGACCUAUUCUACUUUAUAUCCCCGAAGAAUGUUGACCGAAAGGACGAUCUGGCCAAGGCAAUGAUUGCUGCAUCUGGGGCAGCCAGGUCCGAGGACAUUUCAACUCUUCAAAACACAAUUAUUACGUAUAUCAAUGAGUGUUCGCCAGCCAACAAGGUCGAAAUUAGUGCAACAUCCACCAAAUCGGAAUCGCGUGGAUUCAAGAACAAGGUUUUGGCUCGUCUUUUGUGCCCGAUGAAGUAUCUCAAGGAUUUUGAUGACAAUCCUACGGAAUUUAUGUGCAAGCUUGACAAAGAUGUAAUCCAUGUUCUCGCAAAGGACCUUCCCACCUUUCUGUGGGAAUCAGACAAAUUUGAUCCUGAGGAUUGGGACUCGGAGAUGUUUCGAACACGACUCAUAGUCAUGGUUUGGAAGCACAUUUUUACCUCGCCCUCGUCGGCUCUUAAAGAUAAGCCCGGCCAAACCAAAACACGAAGUUCCCAAGCCAAGAUACAUCACAUGAAAACAGUCACCCCAGCCUCAAUUGCGUAUGCCUGUCUGCUGAUCCGUUACUCUAUCUCAAGCAUCGAAGACUGGCGUAUUGAAGACAACGUUUUUGAUCGUCAUGAAUUUUAUAAAUACAUCAUCUCGCUGUUUGAACCAGAUAAAAAGGACGACGGGGACUCGGAAUGGUCAAUGGACACUAUAGAAUGGUGGAAUGCGAAGGUCCUGAACAAGGACCCUCGCUCAGCGAAAACUAAAGACAAUCUGGAUGGCCCAUCGACCUAUGAUACAAUUGCGGAACAACGACGUGCCAGAAAAGCACGCAAGGCUCAGGCAGCUGCAUCUACUACAGAAGGGGGGGGCAAGGAAGCAGGAGGUUCAGGUCAAGGCAAGGGAGGUAGAUCUGUAGGAUUGGGACAAGCUGGUACGUCUUCAAAAGAUAGUAAGAAGGUUGUACCGCACCUUGCAGUGCCUGCACAAUUGUCCCACCACACUCUUCAACCUGUACCCCCAUCCCGCCACCACAGUUCACCUCGUCAACAUGUUCAAUCUCCCCGCCGUCAUGAUGCUACAUUGCGUGGUCGGUCUCCCCGCCAUUAUUUCCAUGAUACUCCUCGUGGUCAGUCUCCCCGUCGCCACCAAUCUCGACCGCAGCAACGAACACCUUCAUCUCAACAUUACUCAGAGUCAAAAGGUCAACCACAAUCUUACCAUCACUCUCCGUCUCGUAGGCAGUCCCCUUCUCGUCGAAGUCCUCCCUCUCAUCAACCUCGCACUGCCAUGUAUCACCAGCCUAGCUCCCCCCACCCUCGUUAUGCAUCUCCUCGUUUUGAAGCUCGUGCACGUCAACAAUCAUUGUCUCGCCAUCGAUCUCACUCACUCAGUCCAGAUGGUACGUUGGAUGUCGAGCAGUACACUCCUGAAAAGGAUGUACCACACAUCUCUUCUCAAACCCUUCGCGAGGCCAAUUCGGAAUACUCAAGUCCACCAGCGGCUAAACUGCCAAAUUUGACAUAUCGCCCAUCUGCCAAGGUACUCGGAAAGCGAUCCCAGGCUCCUGCCGUAUCAGACAACGAGUGGGAAAACAGUGGAAGGCCCACCCAAAAAGCACGAUCUGCAUGUGGUACCCAGUCCUCCCCAUCUCGUGCACUGGUUUUCAGCGAGUCAUAUCAUAAUCGCGGCAGCGGCUGGUCUGCUUGA